AUGGAAGAAACAUCAGGGAGGGCAGAUACACUGCAAGAAGAGCCGAUACCAUCAUUAAUUGGUGAAGAUGCAGAGAAUAAUUACCGUAUAUGGAAGAAGAAUGCCCCAUACCUUUAUGAUUACCUAUCAACCAAUUCACUACUAUGGCCAUCCUUGACCGUGCAAUUUUUCCCUGAUAUAACACAUGCUGAUAAUGAAGUAGCUGGUGAUUAUAUCCUUCAAAGGUUGCUUCACGGGACCUUUACAUUGGGACAGUCUGUGGUUGAUUCAAUUUCAAUUUUGCAGAUUCCCACUUAUACAAAUCUCAAUAAACAUAUUCAAAUAGACAAACUAGAUUAUAAUCCAGAUAAAGAAGAAUUCGAGGUAAAUGCACCAUCCCUUCCGAAGCCGAAGGUUUUACAAAAGAUCAAUCAGUAUGGAGAUGUCAAUAAAUUGAGUUAUAUGCCUCAAAACCCGAACAUAAUUGCCAGUGCUAAUAAUUUCGGUGAUAUUUUGAUAUUUGAAAGAACCAAGCAUAAGAGCUUUCAAAAACUGAUAAUAGAUGAUAUCGAAGCAAAUAAACCACAACUAAAAUUGGGGACGAAGGCGGAACUUUUUGCUAUGGACUGGAACAAGAAUAGAGAAGGUUACUUAGUCUCUGGAGAUACUAAAGGAAACAUUAGUCUAUAUGAUUUGAAAGGCUAUUCGAAGUCAGGGGGCUUGAGCGAGGCUAAAUAUUGGAAGAGCAAAAGUGAUGUCAACGACAUUGAAUGGUUCCCUACCCAUGAUUCUUUGUUGGGGUACGUUGAGGAGGCAGGAUGCUUAACCAUUCAGGACAUUAGAGGGGAUGUCAUAAGCAAACAACUCACCUCAGCAAUCAAUUCAAUAGCAAUAAACCCUAAUAUAUCAACAGUUUUAGCCACGGGUGACUCCACGGGUUCAAUCAAAGUUUGGGAUAUGCGUAAUCUCAAUGAGCCUGUCCAAAGUUUCACCCCCCACUCAAAACCAAUUACCCAACUAAAGUGGAACCGAAAACACGCUCAAGUACUUGCGUCCUCGUCAACAGAUUGUCUGGUGAAGCUCCACAAUGUGUCUAAAGAAGAGCCAACAAUUUUCCAACACCUUGGCCAUAUGCUAGGAGUUAAUGAUUUUGAUUGGUCUUAUGCUGACGACUGGAUGAUUGCCAGUGUGGCCGAUGACAACUCUCUACAUGUAUGGAAACCAUCACAACAAGUUCAAAACGCUAUCUAA